AGCCUUGGGCAGGUGGUAUCUGCUGGCGGUCUCACGGAGCGCUUCUUCCCUGCCUUUCAGGAGCCGGUGGAGUGGCGAAAAGCGGGUCUCGAAGACCUCGGCCCCGUUGCGUCCCACUGUGGUUAGGGCAGUACUGAUGGCACAGUUGUGAUGGAGACCAUGUGCCUUGCGAAGCCUAAGAAAAAGUUUGCAGAUCCUUGCUAUGAGGCUCUCCAAAGCGAGGGUAGAAUAGGAGACCAAAUCGUGAUGAGAACACUGAGUCCUGCAGAUGUUAAGUGAUUUGUUCAAGGUGCCCAGUUUGUGAGAAUUGGAGCCCAGGUAACCGCUCAGUCAGCCUACCAGUAGGUCUAAAGGAGUGCUUGGUCAGAAUGGCUUCAGGAUGGUUUUACCUGUCCUGCCUGGCGCUGGGGUCCCUGGGCUCGAUGUGCGUCCUCUUCACCACCUAUUGGAUGCAGUACUGGCGUGGCGGCUUUGCCUGGAACGGCAGCAUCCACAUGUUCAACUGGCACCCUGUGCUCAUGGUCGCCGGCAUGGUGGUCCUCUACGGAGCUGCGUCGCUGGUGUACCGUCUGCCCCAGUCUUGGGUGGGACCCAAGCUGCCCUGGAAAUUCCUCCACGCAGCCCUGCACCUGAUGGCCUUCAUCCUGACUGUGGUGGGACUGGUUGCUGUCUUUAACUUUCACAACUCCCAAAAGAUUGCCAACCUCUACUCCCUGCACAGCUGGUUGGGCAUCACCACCGUCUUCCUCUUUGCCAGCCAGUGGUUCCUGGGCUUUACUGUCUUCCUCCUGCCCUGGGCAUCCCUGUGGCUGCGCAGCCUCCUGAAACCCAUCCAUGUCUUCUUUGGAGCGUCCAUCCUUUCAUUGUCCCUUGCAUCUGUCAUUUCCGGCAUUAACGAGAAGCUUUUCUUCAGUUUAAAAAACGCUACGAAGCCGUACUCUAGCCUGCCCAGUGAGGCCGUCUUUGCCAACAUCACUGGGAUGCUGGUGGUGGCCUUCGGGCUGCUGGUGCUCUACAUCCUUCUGGCUUCAUCGUGGAAGCGCCCAGAGCCAGGGGUCCUGACUGACAGACAGCCCCUGCUGCAUAAUGGGGAGUGAAGCAGGAAGGGGCCCCCAGGAACAGUCGAUGGUGCAGUCUGCUCCCCGCAGAAGCUCUGCUCUACCUGGGGCUGCCGGCUGACCUUGGCAACCGACUUUCUUUGGGCUCCGGGUCCUGGCCUCUGACCUGGGUGUUGGGCCUGCCCUCUCCAGCCACUUGCUGGCCAACUGCUUUUCUUGGUGGCUUUGACUUCUGCACUCCUUCAUGGCACCGACUUCUCAGGUCUUCCACUCAUCCAAGAUCCUCCUGCUCCCUGUCUGAAGAAGUCAGGCUGAUUUCCUUUUAGGAUUCCUCAGGAUGUGAAAGAAAACCCUGACGGCUCAGAAGAUCUGGGACUCGAGUGCACCCCCGAUGUGAAAAACAAGGGAGGUGGUACAUCCAUCAGCUUUCUCCCCAUCAGCUCCCCUACCCACCAUGGAGCAGGCCUCCUCUGCUCUGUUAUCUCCAUCCAGCCCCCCGGCCAUGAGCUGGGGUGGAGACAUCAUGAUUGAAGGAGACGCUGCUGCUGCUCAGCCGAGCUGUUUUGUAUCGCUGUGCUCUGUCUGUGUGUUGUGACCAUGUGGCUCUGCCUCUUCUAGCUGCUGCUACAGCCGAGGCCUGGAUCCCAGCCUUUCCCUGUGACUUACAUGCCCGUCCCCAUCAGGCAGCCCUACGAACCCUGGUAACCUGCUCUACCAAAACACCACCAUGCCACAGAAGUGAUGAGCAGAAGAGGUGGCUGUGGACUUCCUCUGCUUUCCCUGGCUGGGUCAGGGCUUUUCCUGCUUACCCGAGGGCAGCUUCUCUUCAUGGCAGGGCCCUUGCCCAGCUAACCAUGAAACCGAGGCCAAAAUUGUGGUGUGCAGUGCCCAGCAGAACCUGGGAGUCACCGCCACCUUCAGAGACGUUGCUUGCUGAGCACUGAAGUGCUUUACCUGCCCCACAGUACUGCAGACAGGGCUGGACCCAGUCCUCUGUAACAAGCUAGAGUGUGAGCUUGCUGCUCUUCUGAGGAGACAGGCAGGAGAGGGGCAUCUUUUUUGCUCUCCUUAGUGUUGCUGCUGUGGCUUUUCUUGCCUUCUCCAAGUAAGCUCUGCCAGGUCCUGUCCUGCUGUACUAAGUAGAGGACAAAUUAAGUAGAGGACAAAUACAGGAGGCCUGAGUUUGGAGCUCCCUAUUGCCUGGCAGGUAGCAAUCAGCCCAAGUGUCCACCACAGCCCCAUGUCACCAGAUACUGGCAGAAGGGCUAUGGCUGAACUUCCUGACUGGAUGAAGCCUUCAAAGCCAUUGGGAUGACUGUCAGGUGCCUUAGUCACAUGACCAGCCACCCCUCUUGCCCUGAUAUUUCACUUGGGUAUGAAGCUUGAUUUUUCAUUAAAUAUAUUUUUAAGAGUCAAAGA